AUGUCUGUGCAGCACGACGAGAACAAUCAUCCCUAUAUAGAUUUGGGUGGUGGUUUUGCUAUUCGUUUCAAUCGAGCAGCUUUCGAGGAAGACAAACGGUCACUAAUAGCCGAUGCACUGUCAGAUGAAACGGCAUCGGCCUUGGCAGAGUUUCGACGAAUUGCGGAAUCGAAACCGAACUUGAACCUGGUGGUUGACCAGAGCAACUGGACGGUGAUGGUAUAUCUUCGUUGCUACGAGAAUGAUGCAGAAAAAGCAUUUGCCCUGCUUGACCACGGUUACCGUUUGCUGUACAGAGAGCCCACCUAUGUGAUGCCUUAUGCAAAGAUUCGACACGUGUAUGAGCAAGGCUUUAUCCGUUACUUGCCCGAGUGUGACGAUGAUGGAGCUUUAAUUGUUGUUGUUGAAAUGGGCAGUCGAUGGGAUCCGUCCAAAAUAUCCAUGAUCGAGUUUAUGACCGCCAUUCGGAUAAGCGGCAUUCUAACGAUGCUGCAUCCGAGCGCACAGAAGAAUGGCUGUCGGGUGAUAUUUGACGUCGAAGAGCUGUCAAUGCGCCAAAUAUCCCACUUUUCGCCAAGAGUUUCCAACGUUCUGUUCGAUCUGAUCGAAAACUGUACUCCCAUUCUGACGAAAGGAAUGCACACGGUCAACAACGGUAUCAUGUAUAAUGUGUUGUUUGCAAUCCUGAAACAGUUUAUGAGCAAGGGAAUGCGACAGAGAUGCUAUAUGCAUGGCAAAGAUUGGAAAUCACUGGCAAAACACAUCAAUCCACGCUGUUUGCCGCCCAGAUACGGAGGAACAUUGGCAGCCCCCGACUGCGAUGGAAAGUUAAUGGCAGACUAUUUGGAGAAUUACGCUGGUUUCGUCGAUGAAUACAAUUCAUUUGGGUACACCGGCACGCCAGAUCCCAAGUGA